AUGUCGAAGCAAGAAGAUGCGCCGGAUGGUGUACCCAAUUCUGCGAGCGCGAAACCGUCCCCGAGGCCAGAGGCGCCCAAACUCGACCCUGUAUACUACACAUGGAGCAGCACCUUUUCUAUUCUGAUGGGUCGCUAUGUGACCGGCAACCGCGAUGUUCCCCUGGAGCGCAAAUACUUUGAGGAGAUGGAUGCGACAAAAGCAGAAUCGUACUGCAAGCGCUGCGAAACCAGCCGCGACUACCUCCUACAAUACUCGCCCAUCGUAAAGUUUAUGAAGGACGAGGUGGCAAAGCUGGGCGGCGAUCUCAAUGGGCAAAAUAUACAUUGCAGGAUGUGCACGGCGGAGCAGAGCGGAGGUUUCCACGUCGACCAUGGCAUUAUGCUGUGUGCGAACAAGUUUCGGAAUCGCGGACACCAGGAGGAUACAAUGGCGCAUGAGAUGGUACACGCAUGGGAUCAUCUGAAGUUUAAGGUUGAGGACAACAAUCUGAGACAUCAGGCAUGCUUGGAGAUCCGCGCCUCCACCCUCUCUGGUGAAUGCCGCUUCACCCGCGAAUUCUUCACUAAGAACCAAUGGCGCAUAACAGAACAAUUGCAAAAUUGCGUGCGGCGCCGCGCAACGUUGUCUAUGAUGGCCCGCCCCGGCGUAAAAGACGACGUCCACGCCGCUAAAAUCGUGAACGAGGUGUGGGAUAGCUGUUUCAACGAUACGAGACCUUUCGACGAGAUAUACCGGUAA